AAUCGUCGGAUUUUUUUUUAUUUUUUCGAAACUUGUUUCAUUUUUAGUUUAAACUCUAUUGCAUAUUUUCAAAUUUAGUUUUAGUGAAAAUCUUAAAGUAGCCCAUAGUAUUUGUAUAAAAACUGUCAUCAUUUUUUUCUUCAAAAUUUAUAAAAUAUCUCAAAAUUAAAUGAGUAAAUUGAUGAUACGGCUUUAUCCACCGUCAUCUAGUUCGUGAACCUUGGUUCUGUCGAUGCAGCUCAUCAAUUCCAUUCCCAGCUCCGGAAAAUCGAGAAAUUUCGAUUGGUUAUUUGAUUUGAUUUGAUUCUGGCCGUGCCGAACCCUAGCUUCCAUCUCGGUCCAAUCUCAGUUCCACAUAUUGUUACUCCUCGGCAGCAGAGGAGGCCGUCGUGGAAUGAGUUGAGGAUGACGGCAUACUACUCGUGCUCCUAGGAAAGGUCAGGGAAAGGAAGAAUUCGAGCCAUGGAGGACGAGGCGGACGGCGGCGGCGAAUCCUUCGUGCUGCGCUCCGGCGUCCGCGCGGGCCUCAAGCGCGAAUUCGCCUUCGCCAUCGCCUCGCAGGCCGUCCUUUCGUCCUCAUACGCACCCCUGGGCCGCACCCGCCGCUCAUCCCGCAUCCUCAACCCAUCGGCCGCUUCGACCCCCUCCGUCGCCGGCGCCGCCGUCUCGACAUCCUCCUCCUCAACCCCCGACACAAAGCCAAAAGCCAAGCGCCCGCGCCCACCAGAUCCUCCCCCUCCCCCUCCCUUCCCCCCUCCACCAGACUAUGCCCCUGCCCCCGGAGAAGACCAUGACGGGGCCGCUGUCGGCCCCGUGCUCGCCUUGAUGGCUGCUGCUGGGCCCAGCCCUCCGCCGACGCCUUUGACUCCGCAACCCCAUGCCGACGCGGAUGCGGAUCCCGCACACCUCGCCAACAUCAUCAUUCCGCCGGAGUCGUCGCCCAGGCGCAUCACGCGCUCCAUGCUCCAGCCCAAGUCUCGCCUUCCUACCGCCGCUCGUUCUCCUGACAAUGCGGCACCGCUCAAACCAAAACUGGAACCGCCGGAAGAGGAGGAUGGCAAGCCGGUUCCAGCGUUGAGGCGCUUCACCAGAUCACUACUGGUCAAGGACAAGGACAGCAACGACGACGACCUCUCAGGCACCACCACCGCCAGCAAUGCCUCCUCCCCUUCGCCCAAAACCAACACCACAAGUACCAGCAGGAGCAGCAACAAGGGGAAUAAGAAUACAAACAAGAUUCCCACCAACCUCAGGGAGCUGCUCGCCACCGGCAUGCUCGAAGGUCAGCCCGUCAAGUACAUCAUGAGGAAAGGCAAGCGAGCGGUACUCCGGGGAGUUAUCAAACGCAUUGGCAUAUUGUGUUCAUGCUCUUCAUGCAAAGGCCGAAAAGUUGUUUCACCUUACUACUUUGAGGUGCAUGCUGGGAGUACCAAAAAGCAUCCAUCAGACUACAUUUUCCUGGAAAAUGGAAAUAAUCUGCAUGAUGUGUUGAGGGCAUGUACAAAUGCUACAUUAGACAUGUUGGAGCCUGCAAUACGAAAGGCAAUAGGCCCAGCACCUCAGGAGAGAAUAUUCAGAUGCAAAUCAUGCAAAAGUUCAUUCAGUACACUCCGCAGUGGGAAAUUUGCUUUGUUUUGUGAUUCGUGUCUUGAGUCCAAGGGAGCUAAGAAUAAUAUCAGUUCAUCCAAAGUUGGGCGAAGUCAAACUUCAUCUGCCAAGGUAUAUAAGAGUGCAUCACCAGGAGCAAAGUCUUCAAGUGUAGGAAGGCUUACAAGAAAGGAUAAGGGUAUGCAUAAGGUCGUUUUCAUGAGUGGCAUUUUACCAGAGGGCACUGAUGUUGGUUACUAUGUUGGUGGAAAGAGGUUACUGGAUGGAUAUAUAAAGGAACUUGGGAUCUACUGUCAUUGCUGCAGCACAGUGGUUAGUCCUUCACAGUUUGAAGGUCAUGCUGGUCGAGCUGCUCGACGCAAACCUUACCACAACAUAUAUAUGUCAAACGGCGUUUCACUACAUGAGCUGUCAAUUUCACUCUUGAAAGGUCAAAAGAUGUCAAACAGACAAAGUGAUGACUUGUGCAGCAUUUGUUCAGAUGGUGGGCAACUACUCCUUUGUGAUACCUGUCCAAGAGCUUUUCAUAGAGAAUGUGUUGGCUUAUCUUCUGCCACAAAGGGAACUUGGUGUUGCCGAUAUUGUGAGAAUAGACAACAGAGGGAAAGUUGUUUGGCAUAUAACAACAAUGCAAUAGCUGCUGGGAGAGUUGAAGGAGUUGAUGCCUUGGAACAAAUAUUCACGCGGUCGAUACGUAUUGCUACAACACUUGAGACUGGAUUUGGUGGUUGCGCACUGUGCAAGCUCCAUGAUUUCAGCAAAAAGAAAUUCAGUACCCGAACCGUGCUGCUUUGUGACCAAUGUGGUAGAGAAUAUCAUGUUGGUUGCCUCAAGGAACAUAAUAUGGCUGAUCUGACGGCAUUGCCCGAGGGAGCCUGGUAUUGUUCUACGGACUGUGUGAGGAUUAACCAGACACUGCAAGAUUUACUUAACAGUGGUGGAGAACCUGUUCUUGCCAUGGAUUUAGAUGUCAUUAAGAAGAAACGAGAAGUGAAAGGUUUUAAUGAUGAUGAUGCUGACCUUGAUGUUAGAUGGAGAGUUUUAAAGGACAAGAGCUCAGACGACAGCAAACUAGUGCUCUCCAAAGCAGUUGCCAUUUUCCAUGAAACUUUUGAUCCCAUUAUCCAGGUUUCAACUGGACGGGACCUCAUUCCAGCCAUGGUUUAUGGGAGGAGUGCAAGGGACCAAGAUUACACAGGAAUGUAUUGUACUGUGUUAACUGUGAACAAUAUUGUAGUUUCUGCGGGUCUUUUCCGCAUCAUGGGUAGUGAAAUUGCUGAGCUGCCGUUGGUUGCUACAAGUAGGGAUAGACAAGGCUUGGGGUAUUUCCAAGCACUUUUUUCCUGCAUAGAACGUCUGUUGUCAUCUUUGGAGGUGAAACAUUUUGUGCUACCAGCUGCAGAGGAAGCGGAGUCUAUCUGGACUGAGCGUUUUGGGUUCGCAAAGAUAAGCCAGGAUGAGCUGCGCGAAUACCUCAAGGGUGGGCGAACAACUGUGUUUCAGGGGACGUCAAACCUGCACAAGCUGGUUGCGAAACUUGAAUGCUAGUUAUGUGAGAAUUGUAUGGCAAGAGCAAGGACAUGAAGCUAAGAAGCAGCUCAUUGUUUGUGUGCCUCUGGGAUUGAUGCAGACAGGAAAGAGGCACCCUGAUCCCUUUCUUGUAAAUGUUGGUGAGCAUGUUGGCAUUGGCAUCUUGAUCUGUUUCCAUAGGUAAGGUGAAGAGGAUUGUGUAAGAUAAAAGGGACAAGCUGUAUGUAAAGACAAGCCAAAGCUGAGUGAAUUUCAGGCACCUUAUUGUGUGGAGGGUCCUGUGUUUGUUGAGUAGGCAACGCUCGGGCUGGUGUGAGAUGAUGACUGCAUUUGUGUUGUGUUGGUGGUAUUUUCACUGCUGACAUGACUGUUGUAUCGGAUGACAUCUUUUCUGUUUUAUGACAGUGGCAGUGUGAUA